GACGCAACACGAGUCCUUUGUUCCGAGUGCGCAAGUCCGUUCUCGCCUUUUUUAGAGUUUGGGAAAGACACUCGGUUGUUGUUGCUGCUGCAGAAACCCGUUGGAGGACACGAAGGUUCGUCCUCAGUGCGGAGGAGACUUCUGUCUCCGUGUUUGUCUCCAUGUCUAAACUACACGCGCUGAGACUGUUGCUGCGACAGCGAGGCGACGCCGAGGAGACAUCAGCUCUGAUUGACGGAUUAAUAUCAGAUCAUGAGGAGGAAAUUCAUCGUUUGAGAGAAAACGAGCGACGAUACAAGCUGCUGGAUGCUGUUUUCAGCCCCACGGUCCGAUUACAGCGAUCAGAUGUUCAGCAGCUGUUGCAGAUUAAAGCAGAGGUUCCCUCUCAGUGCCAGGACGAGGACCAGGAGCCCCUCCACCUAAAAGAGGAAAAGGAGGAAGUCUGGACCAGUCUAGAAGGAGAGCACCUUAACAGGCUGGAAGAGGCCAGUGUCAACAAGUUUCAAUUCAUUGAAGUUACUGUGAAGGGUGAGGAUGACGAACCUCAAACCUCACAGCUUCAUCAAAGCCAAACAGAGGCGCCUCUUCUGGAUGGAAGAUCAGCUACGCAGAUAAAAACGGACAGUGAUGGAGAAGGCUGUAGUGGGUCAGGACCAGCUAUAAACCUACAGCCACAUAGUCCUUCACACCCAAAUACUGAUAAAGAAAAGGCUUCAGAAUUUUAUGAGACUGAAGUGAGUUAUGAUUGUCAAGAACCGUUGUCAGAUUCUGGACCUGAAAGUCUGGACGGGGACAAUGUUUGCCAGGAGACUAGGGCACCAGAGUCUGCUGCAGCUGCCCUGAAGCAUAAGGAACCCCUUGCAUAUCAUGCAGGUUGUAACAUUGGCGACAAACCCUUUAGCUACUUUAAGUGUAAUAAUCGAUUUUGCUACAAGGGGUGUCAUUUUGGGACAAAGAAGAAAAAGGAAAAGAAAUGCUUGAGAGUAAAGCAAAAAGAGUCACAGCCAAGAGUUCUCACAAGUGAGAAACCACAUACUAGUGAUAUUUGUGGUAAAAGAUUUACAGAAAAGAAGAAUCUGAGGCAACAUGAGAAGAGCCACACAGGAGAGAAACCACAUAGUUGUGAUAUUUGCGGUAAAAGAUAUACAGAAAAGAAGAAUCUGAGGCAACAUGAGAAGAGCCACACAGGAGAGAAACCACAUAGUUGUGACAUUUGUGGUAAAAGAUAUACAGAAAAGAAGAAUCUGAGGCAGCAUGAGAAGAGCCACACAGAAGAGAGACUAUUUAGUUGUGAUGUUUGUGGAUUUAGAUUUAAAGAACAGAGAAUUUUAAAGGCGCACCACAUAGUCCACACAGGAGAGAAACCAUUCAGUUGUGAUGUUUGUGGAAGUGCAUUUCGACGAAAGGGAGACUUGACGAGACACCAGAGAAUCCACACAGGAGAAAAACCAUUCAGUUGCGGUGUUUGUGGGCUCAGUUAUUCAGAAAAGGGAAAUUUGACGAAACACCAGAACUUACACUCUGUAGAGAAUCAAAUCUGUUGUGAUGUUUGUGGGAUUAGAUUUUCAGAGAAGAGACAUUUGAAGAAUCACCAGACUAUCCACACAGGAGAGAGACCAUUCUGUUGCGAUGUUUGUGGGUCUAGCUUUAGACUAAAGAGCGAUUUGAAAACCCACCAGAGAAUCCAUACAGGAGAGAAACCAUUCAGUUGUGAUGUGUGUGGGAAAAGAUUUAUAGACCGUGGAGCUGUAAAAAAACACAAGAUAAUGCACACCGGGGAGAAACCAUUGAUUUGUCAUUUGUGUGGGACUAGGUUUAGAUGUCAGGCACAUUUGGAUAUUCACCGGAGAAUCCACACAGGGGAGAAACCAUUCCGUUGUGAUGUGUGCGGAACAGGAUUUAGACAUGAGGGAUAUAUGAAAAUACACCAGAGAAUCCACACAGGAGAAAGACCAUUCAGUUGUGAUGUUUGCGGGAAAAAAUUUAUAGAAAUUGGAGCUCUAAAUAAACACAAGAGAGUCCACACAGGAGAGAAACCAUUCCUUUGUAAUUUGUGUGGGACUAGAUUUGGAUAUAAAGGAAAUUUGGAUAGUCACCGGAGAACACACACAGGAGAGAAACCAUUCAGUUGUGAUGUUUGCGGAACAGGAUUUAGAGAAAUGGGACAUUUGAAGAAACAUCAUAAAAUCCAUAUGAGAGAAACCAAAUAGUUGUGAUGUUUUUGGAACAAGAUAGACACUAAAGGGAACUUUGAAUAAUCACCAGAGAAUCCACACAGAAAAUAAACUGUUCCUUUCAGUUACUCAAGCGUAAGCCUAGUUUACGCUUCUGCCUUUUCAGAGCGACGCAAGGAAACGCAGACGCAAGAGCCCCUUGCGUGCGUCAACCUAUUUUUCUAGGUUUGCGUCGAAAGCGAUGCAACACAAUGAAAGUCCCAUGUAUCUUCACAGCCAUGGGUUUGCUGUAAAUGUUUUUUUUCUAUCUUAGUUAAUGGUUUAAUUAGCACAACAGUCUCUUACAAUUCAUUCAUUUGACACAACGGUGCAUAAAGACGCAGACACAGAAGCAUGCGCCAGCCUUUAAAGACAUUUAUAAUUGGUUAAAACUAUAGCAGUUUUUAUCAUUCUUGCUCUUUCUCAUGUUUUUUAAAGAAAACGUUAAGUCUUGUUUAAAGAUGUGAUGUAUCUUCAUUAAAAGCACAGUGGGUCUGUGAUGGAGGUAAACUAUCAAUGUCGUACAAAUAAAUCUAAUUAAAACGCGUUUUCCACCUUGUAAAAUCUACAAAAACCUAAACCUUUUCACGUUUUUGUGUAUUACUGUGUCUUUUAUAUGUCUAUUAUACAGGCCCCUUUUAAUAAGUUUAAUUUCCUGGAAAUAAGCUUCUAUAAAAUGUAAACACUCUUAGAAAUAAAUCAAUUCAACUUGUUUCCAAAACCA